AUGGGCGACCAACUGGUUUGUCGCACCACCACGCAGUUUUGUGACGCUGUAUCCUUUGUGUUCUUUAUGAAUCAAAUUCUUUGUAAAGUUGUUCAUUUAUAUGCCCAGAUGUUUUUUAUGGACUGCCUUACUCUUGUGGUAGAGAGUGAAAGUGUUAAAUUAUGUGCUCACCUCGGAACGGUUGAGGAGAAUCUGUGA